AUGGAGAGCCAGCAGCCAUCGCAGCCCGAGCUCUCUCCUGAGGCUGUCGAGCAGAAGAUGGUUGAGGAGAGUCAAAAGGCCGGAAUCCCUGCGUUCCAGUUUGAUCCCGAUGCUCCCCCAUCCAAGAAACUGGAACAGGUGGAAGCGACGAUACCCCCGGGCAUACAUAAGCAACCCAAGACAAAGGCCAUUGGCGUGUCUACGGAUAUAGUCAACGGUACUUCGAGUGCAUCAAGCAAAGACCCCAAAGUGAUGAACACCGAUAAACCUGAAAAGCCCGCAGAAACGAACGGCGAACUCGAUGAAGCAGCCAGAUGGGAUCGCAACAGGACCGGCUGGGCUCCUCGCUUUCAUAUUCCCGAGGAUGACAUAGAUGAGGGAGAAACGCUUUUGGACCACCAAACGUUCAUCGAGACGAAACUGGAUGACAAAUUUUUUGGAGACUGGUAUCAUAACACUGCGGUCAUCAUUUUCUCUUGCCUGGCGUCAUGGGUAAUUGCGUUGCUUGGCGGAGGUUUGGGAUGGGUGUUCAUAGUCAUGGCGGGCUGCGCAACGUACUACCGCACCUCGAUACGUCGUGUCCGACGAAAUUUCCGAGAUGAUAUCAAUCGCGAGAUGGCAAAAAGCAAACUGGAAACCGAUACGGAGAGCUUGGAAUGGAUUAAUAGCUUCCUCGUGAAGUUCUGGCCCAUUUACGCCCCUGUCCUCUGUGACUCCAUAAUUAACUCCGUUGAUCAAGUCUUGAGUUCGGCCACUCCGGCUUUUUUAGACAAUUUGCGCUUGAAGACCUUUAUACUUGGAAGCAAACCUCCUCGUCUAGAGCAUGUCAAAACCUACCCUAAAACCGAAGUCGAUACAGUGCUCAUGGACUGGAAAUUCAGCUUCACCCCAAACGACACCAUGGAUCUUACCGCUCGCCAGCUAGCAAAUAAAAUAAACCCAAAGGUUGUACUAGAAGUACGCAUUGGGAAAGCGCUUGUUUCAAAAGGCCUUGACGUGAUUGUGGAAGACUUCGCAUUUUCAGGCCUGAUGAGAGUGAAGGUGAAGCUCCAAAUCCCAUUCCCGCACAUUGAACGUGUAGACAUCUCUUUCAUUGGCCGUCCGGAAAUCGACUAUGUUUGCAAACCACUGGGUGGCGAUCUCAUGGGAUUCGACAUCAACUUUAUCCCUGGACUGGAAAGUUUUAUCAAGGAUCAGAUCCAUGGGAACCUGGGCCCGAUGAUGUAUGAGCCUAAUGUCUUCCCUGUCGAAAUCGCCAAGAUGCUUGCAGGCAACCCCGUAGAUCAAGCUAUUGGCGUGGUUGCAGUCACCCUACAUGGAGCGCAGAGCCUCAAAAAUUCUGACAAGUUCGGCGGCUCUGUGGAUCCUUACGCAGUGGUCUCUAUUAAUAGUCGGAAUCCUCUUGGUCGAACGAAGACCGUUCACGAUACCUCUAACCCAAAGUGGAACGAAACAAUCUACAUCAUCAUCACCGCCUUUACCGAUUCUCUUACUAUUCAUGUCUAUGAUUGGAACGAAUUCCGGAAAGACAAAGAGCUUGGAAUAGCAACAUUCCCCCUGGAGCAUCUCGAAAAGGAGAAUGAACAUGAAAAUAUGACCCUUGAGAUUUUAUCCAGUGGCCGGCUACGUGGAGGUCUUAUGGCUGACGUUCGCUUUUUCCCUGUCCUUGAAGCGACAACAGUCGAAGGUGGAACGGAGGAGCCUCCUCCGGUAUCUAAUUCUGGAAUUGCAAGAUUUACAAUUGAACAGGCCAAGGAUCUUGAUGGAACCAAGAGUCUUAUUGGACAGCUUAACCCAUAUGGUGUGUUGUUGUUGAAUGGCAAAGAAAUUCACGUUACAAAUAAGCUGAAGCGAACAAACAAUCCGAUUUUCCAAAACCCCACCAAGGAAGUAUUAAUUACUGAUCGAAAGACGGCGCGAUUUGGUAUGAUGAUUAAAGAUGAUCGAGAUCUUGCUACUGAUCCUGUUCUCGGCAGAUACCAAAUGAAGCUUAACGACAUGUUGAAAUUGACGGAACAAGGUCAGGAAUGGUUCAACCUCGCUGGUGCGAAAACCGGCCGUGUUAAACUUAAGGCUGAAUGGAAACCUGUGGCCCUCAGGGGGAUAGUUGGUAGCGGAGGAUAUGUUUAUCCCAUUGGUGUCAUGCGGAUACAUAUCCAAAGCGCUAAAGGUCUAAGAAACGUGGAGACGAUGGGCAAGUCGGAUCCUUAUGCUCGAGUCCUCCUCUCUGGAAUUGAGAAAGGCCGCACCGUCACUUUCGCAAAUAAUCUUGACCCUGAGUGGGAUGAGAUUUUUUACAUCCCGAUGCACUCUCCACGUGAGAAGCUGGCUCUCCAGGUUAUGGAUGAGGAAAGCCUUGGAAAGGACAGACCCCUCGGAAUGACCGAGCUCUCCGCCUCUGACUACAUCCGUGAAAACGAGAAUGGCGAAUACGAAGUUGACGAUGAGAAGCAGCAGAUGUCAUCUGGUCUCCGUAUUGCCAAUCGCGGUACGCCCAAAGGUGUUAUCAAUUAUACUGUUGCUUUUUAUCCCACGCUUAACGUAGCCGAUCCCGAGGAAGAGGAAGAGGAAGAAGCCACUCGGGCAGCUAUGGCUAGUGAGAUGCCCAUGGACGGACCGCGAGAGAGCCUCGAAAAUGGCCGCCCAAAGCUUGAAAAUGGCACCAACGGCACCAACGGCACCAAUGGGACGAAAGCUAGUGCCGAAGUCAGGCAAAACAGUGCGCCAAGCAUUGAUAUCGGUGCUUCAAAGGAGCCAUCAGCCAAUGCCUCUCAAAGUUCACUCAAAGCUUCAGCAGCUCCUAAAAUUCGCCUCACCCCACAAGACCUCCCUCAAUACGAGUCUGGAUUGAUCGUUUUCAAGCUCAUUGAAGGCCGUAUGGCGCACUCCAAUGUUCAACUCGAAGUUUUGAUGGAUGAUCACGUAUUCCCAUCCUAUACCUCACCUCGAACAAAAACUAAAGAAGCUGUUUUUGGCGAUGUUGGCGAUGCGUUUGUCCGUGAACUUGAAAUGUCAAAAAUCACUCUCCGUCUCGUUGAAAAGACGGAUACCAAAGGAGAAGAGGAUGGGGAACAUGCUUUAUCCAAGCUCACCGGACCGACACUGCCCACUCUCCAACAAUGCCUGUACAAACCUACGGAGCUAACACUAAGAUCACCCGACGGUUCGACUAGCAAAGUCACUGUCAGCUUAAAAUAUAUUCCAGUGAAGAUGAAGUUGGACCCCAGAGAAAGUAUCAAUAAUAUGGGAACACUUCGUGUCGAUGUUUUGGAUGCUGCCGACUUGCCUUCCGCUGAUCGCAAUGGAUUUAGCGAUCCAUACUGCAAGUUUAAGCUGAAUGGCAAAGACGUUUUUAAAACCAAGGUGCAGAAGAAGACUUUGCAUCCUGCGUGGAAUGAAUUUUUCGAGUGCUCUAUCAAGUCUAGAAUUGAUGCGAAUCUGAGACUCGAGGUGUACGACUGGGAUUUCGGUGACAGGGCGGACCACUUAGGUGGAACAGAUAUUAACCUUGAGCAGUUGGAACCGUUCCGUGCUACUGAAAUUUCGUAUCCGCUUGACGGGAAAUCUGGCGCAGUACGGCUCAAACUGCUUUUCAAGCCGGUGUAUGUGAUGAGAUCUCGACAAGGUUCCUCUACAUUCUCCGGCACAUUUGCCACUCCAGGCAAAAUUGUUGGUGCGCCAGUUAAAGGAGUGGGAUUGGUUGGUGGUGGUGUGGUUAAAGGUGCAUCAUUCAUUAAACACAAUCUCCUUCGUCUCGGUAGUAGCAAGGACGAUGAUGACAACAAGUCGAUUACUUCACCAGAACCAUCAGGAGGAGAUAACGUCGCAGUCCCCGCCUCGGAAAAUACGCCGAUCGACACACCGCAGAGAGCGUCAGUCCUAGUUGACGGAGCCGCGCCUCCAUUAACCCCUACCCAGAACUCCUCUCAGACACCACACAGCCGUUCUCGUAGCAUUGCCUCUCAAUUAAAUGAGAAAAUUGGACGGAGCGGUGGCGGCAAAGGCGAUACCGGGACAGCACACUUCACCAUUGUCUCCGCUGCAGGGUAUCCUUCCGGAGCCAAUGUGCGUGUCACAGUUAAACAGAUGACCUCCAGGGGCGCAAAAGAAGUGCACAAAACCAAGGCCAUAAAAUCAGCUCACCACUCUGGAACGUCGACUCCUACCACGACACCUAUCGUCCAGUUUGACCCGUCCCAUGAAACUUUCAAGGUCUCUAAUGCUGCAGCGGACGCCCAGUUCCAACUGCAAGUUAAGGAUCAUUCAACCUUUGGGUCAGAUGAUAUUUUAGGUGAGGCGCUGUUCUUCGUCGAUGAUCAAGGAUCUAGUGCCGGAAGGGAACACACUAUCAAAGUUGGCGGCGGUACAGUCACACUGAAAUCUUCGUUUUCGUCUGCUGAAACUUCGUCUCUGCGUCCUGGCACUUCUCAUUCGUCAACGGGUGAUAAACGAGACGAAAUCGACAGCCCAGAGAGGAAAUCGAGAAGGAGCUUCUUGGGGAAACGAUCGGUGAGCGGGGCGGUGCCUAAUGGGAGCUGA